AUUACAAAUUUAGCCCUCUCUCUACGCGGAUCUUGCUCCUUUCGUUUUCUCUAUCCCAAUCCUCCAAUCGUUGAUCUCUUUGACGACAACAACAUCAACAGAGAAACGUCGCAACCAGCACAGAGAUAGGAGCCAAUCGCAAAUCCUUCCUCCUGAUUUUGGUGGGCGUUGAGGAGACAUCAUCAUCAGAAUGUCAAGCGUAGAGGAUGUGAAAGAGCGAGGGAACCUCACAAAUGACGACGCAGAUAAUUCAAUGCCAUCGUCACAGCAAGAGGAGGCUGCUGUAAAGAACAAGUAUGGAGGACUCAUGCCAAAGAAACCACCUCUCAUUUCCAAGGAUCAUGAACGAGCAUACUUUGACUCAGCUGACUGGGCUCUUGGAAAGCAAGGUGUUGCUAAGCCAAAGGGACCCUUAGAAGCUCUUCGUCCCAAGUUACAGCCAACGCAGCAGCAGACGCGUUACAGGAAGUCUCCAUGUGCUCCAUCCGGUGAAGAUGGAGGAGCUGCUCAGGGCGAAUGAGUUUAGAGACCAGAGAGAGAGAGAGAGAGAGAGGGGGGGGGAGAUAUGAAAACUCUGGUGUAAUAACUUUGUUAUAAUCGGAUAUUGUCUGUCCAUUUGAAACAACAGAUACGUUUUUCAAUAAAUCUUAACUCUGAUCGCAUAGAGUCUCCAAGGUGAAGACAUUGUUAUAGUUUAGCCUCUGUAUGGAAUCUCCGAGUAUAACUUAAUAAGUUUAUGAGAACCUUCCGUCAAAGACCUAAA